AUGAUCUUCUCGAGGAUAUUCCUUCUUCUGGGACUCUGUGCAGCUGCAGCCAUCGCUGCCCCGGCAGCUUCCUCCAGUUCUCCUCAAUGCAUUGACGAGUCGGGCAAGGCCGUUGACUGGUACAUCGUCUACAAGUUUCCCUACCUGUCGCACCUGCACCAGAAGCUCUUCGGCGGCUACCGCUACGCCGUUCUGACCUCUGCAGCCAACGACGGCUGGCACCUUUCGGCGAACAACAUCACCGACCACCAGAAUUCGAUCUUCGCAAAGACGCUGGCUCCGGUGUACGGCUCCUCCUCGAAACUUUCCACCGUCUUCUACAACGACCAGCCUCCGGGACCGGAAAGCGUCCCCAGUAGCUACGCCCACUCAAAGGGAGUCGUUGUCGGCGAUGAGAAGCAUGGCUUCUGGCUGAUUCACACCGUGCCGCACUUUGCCCCUUCUGAGGGAUCGUUCAACUACGUCGCCUCUGGUGGCCGCUACGGUCAGGUGGCUCUCUGCAUCUCACUCGCUUCUGCCGAGCUGGAGAAGGUGAUCAGCCACAACUUUCUCGUCUCACAGCCAUACGUCUACCACAGCCAUGUGGCCUCCUCUGAUUCGAGCCCGCUGGGCAAGGCGGUGAAGAAGUUGGCCGCCAAAGAGUGGACCUCAACCAAGUCCUUCUCGCAGACGAACCUGACCAGUCUGGCCGGACGCGCCUUCACCUCCUUCUACAAGAGCCCCGGCGACCACGUCGACCUGUACGCAGGCAUCGUCGCCCCCGCCUUCAAGGCGCCGCUUCUGGUGGAGACCUGGCGAAAGAACCCCGGCACUCCGCUCGACUCCGAGUGUUCCCACCCGAAGACCAAGGUGGAGAACGUCCACCAGAUCAAGCUGUCCUUUGUCAACUCCGAUGAGACGGGCCACUUCGAGUACACCGACGACCACUCAAAGUGGGCCAUCAGCAGCAAUGGAGGCGGCAGUGACAGCCACGUCUGCAUCGGCGACAUCAACCGCAUGCAGUCGCAGUACAAGCGCGGCGGCGGCACCACCUGCCUCUCGGUGCCCUCCGUCUGGAAGGCCUUCAACUCCUUUGUCGGCGAGGUGGACAAGUGCCACUAA